UUUACAAUCUUCAUGUGACUUUUGGCUCAUUGACUUUCGCGUAAAAAUAUAAAAUUACCCAUACCCUAUACACAUUUCGUUGCGUGCGUGCGUGUGUGCUGAUGCUGUCGCUGGUUAUUUAAAAAUGGCGGAUGCCUCGUCUUCCGACACCACCUCCGACGACUGUUCGAACGAAUGCUUAUCUGACGUUUUAUCGGAGAAGAACACAGAGUACGUCGUCGGGAACCCAAGAUUCCCGGGCCAGCCCAGCAAUCGGCAUUUCCUACAAAAGCUCUUCACUCGAGAGAUAAGGGGAUCAGUAAGACAGCACAACUAUGCCCCAGAAGAGAGUCUGUUUUCUACAUUCCCCUCGUGGCGUCAUUUAUCCCUGGUACACAUUAUUCCGAAAUCGGCUCUUCAAGCAGGACACAUUGUCAUGGGAUUAACACAGUGUGGGAGAUUUUUAUUAACAUACACUUACAAUAUUGACGUUGGAGUUCCUGGAAGUCUUUUUAAAUAUUUUUUACACUGGUGGGCUUUUACUCCAAAUAGAGUGUCUAGAAAGGUGGCUGAGGUUACUCUAUUUGGUAAUUACAACAUUCACAAAGAGCUUAGUAUUGUUAUUGCACAGUGGCCAACAGAGAGAAAUAAAUUGGUAAUACAUGGUCUCUGUUCUAGUUUUCAAAUGCAAUCUCAACAAAUGGACAGAGCAUUUAUAACUAUUACUACAGUUCCAUCCCUUAGCAAUUGCAAAGACUGCCAAAGUAUAGCUUCUAAGUACGAAGAAGAAGAUUUAGCAGCUAUAUGGGAUACCUGUGUACGUUGCAAUUGCCUGCAACAUGGUCUCACAGUACAUACUACGUACGAAGUGAUCUCCCCUUAUCCACAAUUUCGUGCUGAUGUAUGCUUAAACUAUGCUAAUCACAUAGUGGUUAACACGGGAAAUUUUUUACACGUACUCAGGGUAGACUUGGAAAAUCUUAAAAUAAAAAACCAGGGAAUUACAGAAAAAUCUAAUGCAGCUAUUGUUGACAUUGAACAACUGCAUGAAGUGGAAGAGGCAAAGGCUGAAAUGUACAAUAGUUUAGGUGAGAAAGAUGCAACUCUUGAAAGUAUUUCCGUUGUUUCUCCAAAGUGUGACUCGGCGACAACAGAUUAUGAUUUUGUUGAAGAAACCCAGUGUAAAAUAACUUAUUCUAUAGAACAUGAACACUUAAUAAAUAAUUCUGGCAGCAAUCAAAGCGAGUAUAUCUGUGAUAUUAGUAAGUCUAGUGUUAGCUUAAGUGAUAAAGCGUGUACAUGCCUAGAUAUACAGUGUCAGUGUGUUAUUUCGGGCUACGUCAGUUCACAGUCUGAGCAGCAAACAAUAUCGGUUAGGGAUAAAAUUUUACAAGACUUCUGCGAAGAUGUGUCACAGGAAUUAAGUAUAGGAAGUGAUAUCAUAACAUUAGUGAAACAUCCACCGUGUUCUCCAAGAUCAACACCUCAAAGAUUGCCAGCGGAUUUAAAGCUUGGAACAUCUUGUUUGCUAAAUCCACCGUCUGAUAUUUUGAAAACGCGUAAUUCAGAGUCUAGUCCAAUUAUCGAUUCGCAAUCUAGUGCUUCUCCGGUUAAUACUUGCUUAAACAUCUCUCCAAUGUACUCACCUCGUAAUACAGGGCUUUGCAUUGGAAAUGUAACGCCGUUGUCUCCUAGUCUGAUGUCACCGCCAAUCACCAAGUCGUUCAGACACUCUAUCGCUCGAAAACGAACCAAUAUAAUGUCUCCAACGCCAAAUUUGAAUUCACCGCGAACCCGAGCGAGUCACAAAAUUAAUUUGGAGGCAGAAAAAGCUUACGAAUUCACGGACGAUGCUCAAGAGACUUGCGAAAAAUUGAGUUCGUUCCGGAAACGCCGGUUGGCUGAUAAAAAAUACGAGUUUUGCGAUGAAACCGAAGAUGCAGAAAACAUAGUUCCUUUUAAGCACAUUCGCGAUCAGUCCAAGCAUCGUGGAUGCCCGAUACGUCAAAAUUCGCCAGUUGCCUCGCCAUUGCCUAACGUUCGACGACAACGAGUGGACUCGGAGCAAAGCGAGUCCGAGGACCCCGGAGCGCAAGAAGUGCAAGCUUUCAACGACGAGUAUAUAGCCAUGACGGAGAAAAAUGUACUUAGACCUCUGAAUCAAAAUCAACUGCCUAAUCAUUGCCGCGAAAGAGCUAACAAACCAUGUGUAAAUAAUGUCUCGCCUCUGGUACCUAAAGCUACAUUGAAAUAUCCUAUAAUAAAGUGUACUUCGCAUUUUAAGCGAAGUUACAUAGACUUAGAUGACGAAAGAACUUCAGUUAUCACCGAUGUCGAAGAUGAGGAAACUGGAGGAUACGUUAGCUAUCAGUACAUACUGCCUAUGCAAGUUCAUGGAGCAGAUUAUGUUCAAAUGGGGAUGAUUAGCAAUGCUAAAGCCGAAAAACUUAAUGUCCCAUGUGUCUCCAUACAUCAAAUGAGUUUCGACAUUGAAACGUUUUCCCACCACAUUGCUGAUUGGCAGUGUAAAUUGUUUGAAAAAAAAUAUUGGCAUUGCAGCGACUAUGAUAUUGAAAUAAUCGACGUGUGCUCUCUAAGUGGCGAUAUAAUUCUCUUACUUAUCAUGAAAGUACAAACAAGUGAACAAAGUGGCCAAGUACAAAGUUUGGAUGAUAGAAUACAGUAUAUUGCGGGCUGCAAAUUUGCGUGGAAUAUAGAUUCUAAUUUGUACAGGAUAACUGAUAUUUUAAAAAUGAAAGAGGUGAAAUCUGAUUCCUCUAGAUCUGAUAAAUCUCACGGUUCAUCGACUGUACCAUGGAAUCCAACGAAACUAAUCGUACCACAAAUGAGGGAAAAUAUCCAACAGCCUUACGCUCGUCAUGUUCGUUACUUAUCUAACGAAUUAACUUUACAAGAUGAAUCGAUUACAAAAUUAAAGGAUUUUGAUAAUCUGGUCCAAUUUUAUGUAAUGCCAUUGCCUACUUCUUAAAUAAAGUAAAAUUUAUGCGAUAGGCUUAAUUAAUUUUUUCUUAAAAGACUUCUUUUAAGUUAAUAUUUUUGUAAAUUCUUAAAUGCGUAUUUAUCUUUGUACAUUUUAUUUAUUAUUAUGUGUGACUGUUACAUAUAA